AUGGCUCCAUCCAGUAGGAAACCUGGGGACGCUCUCAUCAUCUCCGACAUCAAGAAGGGCAGCGUGGCUCACAGGACUGGGACUCUGGAGCUGGGGGACAAGCUGCUGGCCAUCGAUAACAUCCGGCUGGACAACUGCUCCAUGGAAGACGCUGUUCAGAUUCUCCAGCAGUGUGAAGAACUGGUCAAGCUCAAGAUCCGCAAGGACGAGGACAACUCAGACGAACAGGAGCUGUCUGGAUCCAUCAUCUACACGGUGGAGCUGAAGAGAUAUGGAGGUCCGCUGGGGAUCACCAUCUCAGGCACAGAGGAGCCCUUUGACCCCAUCGUCAUCUCCAGCCUCACCAAGGGAGGACUGGCCGAGAGGACGGGAGCGAUCCACAUCGGAGACAGGAUCCUUGCCAUCAACUGUAACAGUCUGAAGGGUAAACCACUGAGUGAAGCCAUCCACCUGCUGCAGAUGGCUGGAGAGUCUGUCACACUGAAGAUCAAGAAACAGGGAGACU